UCUGUCUGCUGCUAUCGCCUGGACCAUCUACAUCACCCGGGAAGGCGGGACGGACGAGGAUUAGGCUGUCACACGGGGCAUAACAUGAAGUGACGUGCACUGUGCAUGGAUCAGUGACAGGCACAGUGUGGGGACAGCCGCUGCACAUACCGCUUCCCUCUGAUAAUAACGCAAGGAUGAUGCAUUCUCUCCAGUGUGCACACACGGCAGUACCGCUGUACGGGCUCUGACCGAGGCGCCCCUCACACCAAUACACGGAGCACACCGUGACUGGAAGUCCCCGGGCUACGGGCCUGGCACUACUGCCUCCACCUGGCUCCCUCCCGGGCUCUGAGCCCUGAGCUCCCCCCCAGCCAGCUCGGGGACCUGCCUCCAUGUACCCGCACGAUGUCCGGGAAGCAUUACAAGGGCCCGGAGGUCAGCUGCUGCAUCAAGUACUUCAUAUUCGCCUUUAAUGUCAUCUUCUGGUUUUUGGGAAUCGCCUUUCUGGCAGUCGGGCUAUGGGCAUGGAGUGAAAAGGGCGUGCUUUCCAACAUCUCCUCCAUCACGGACCUUGGUGGGUUCGAUCCUGUCUGGCUCUUCCUGGUUGUGGGAGGCGUGAUGUUUAUCCUAGGUUUUGCUGGCUGCAUUGGAGCUCUCCGGGAAAACACUUUCCUCCUGAAAUUUUUUUCAGUUUUCUUGGGAAUUAUUUUCUUCUUGGAGCUCACGGCUGGCGUCCUCGCAUUUGUCUUUAAAGACUGGAUUAAGGAUCAGCUGUAUAUAUUUAUCAACAGCAACAUCAAAGCAUACAGAGAUGAUAUCGACCUGCAAAACCUCAUUGACUUCACACAGGAAUACUGGCAGUGCUGUGGGGCAUUUGGAGCUGAUGACUGGAAUCUGAAUAUUUACUUCAACUGCACAGAUGCCAAUGCCAGUCGAGAGCGCUGUGGAGUGCCAUUCUCCUGCUGCACUAAAGACCCUGCUGAAGAUGUCAUCAACACUCAAUGUGGCUACGAUGUCAGGCAGAAGUCAGAACUUGACCAGCAAGCGACCAUACAUACCAAGGGCUGUGUUCCUCAGUUUGAAAAGUGGCUGCAAGAUAAUCUAACCAUUGUGGCUGGGGUGUUCAUAGGCAUUGCAUUACUGCAGAUUUUUGGCAUAUGUCUGGCUCAGAAUUUGGUGAGUGACAUUGAAGCUGUCAGGGCCAGUUGGUAAAGCUAUUCCUCUAAAGACCAAGCUCGGCAGAAGACACUGGAAGCAGAUACUGAGCCUGGCAGCUCAAUACCGUGGUCCAGGGCCAAGAAUGUUCACAUCCCAAUUUUGAGUGAUGUAGGAGAAUUCCUUGGCGGCUUUUUCAUAACUAAUGGCACAAGCUAAUAGUGCAGAUCGUUUCCCUGCAAAAAAAGCAUUACAAUGUUUACAGGGAAGUGACUGUGAACACAAACUAUCCCGGAGCUUUUAUUGUGUUUCUGAUUGCAUGUGGUAAGGUUUACAGAAUAUUUGUGAAAAGAGCAUUAUCUCACCAUCGUGCAGCACACAAUGAAUGCACAAGUUUUGGCAGAUGUAUAAUUCCUUUAUUAAUAGCACAACAGUCAGAUAUUUGAUCAGCCUGGUAUGCCUAACAUGGUUACACUGUCCUGUAUAUACUACAUGAGAUGGCAGCUGGUACAGUAUGUUGUUUCUAAUUUUACAGUCUAGUUUAAUAGACUGAGAGUGAGAAAAGCAGGCACAUGGUGUCAUGGCUGGCGGCUAAUAUGGACCCCAUUAGACCAGAGAUUCCACACUUCACAAUUUGUUUGUACUUUUGAUGGUGUUUUAUGCUGUGUAACAAUUCACUGAUGGCAAGAAGCAACUAUGUGUUUAUGUGAUCAUUGCGCCUGUCCUUAUAGUCCUAUUAAACACAUACAGUACUACCUUCACACAAAAAUAUUUCUCAGAUUAAAAGUGUGUUAGAAUGAAAGUAUUUCGGAAAACACAUUAAAUUAGGUUCUGCUGUAAUCUGACGUUUUCCAAGACCUUUGGUGCUAAUAUCUAACAUAUCAAAUGCACCUCCUUGUGAAUCAAUUAUUUUUCUGUGACAGAUGAAAAGCUCAACUACAGUUUUAUAGAAAUCCUAAAAAAAAAAGACAGGUUGCCUAACAACACAAGUGCCUCCUCUUUCAGUGACUACUCUUGUUCUGCUGGACACAAUGAAAAAAAACAGACUCCUUAAAGCGUCACUGAGGUUGCAACAAAUUUUGCAUUAAUCAAUAGUACAGCAUGUGUACAUGAGGAAUAACAUUAUUUCUGGUAAUUAUAUCCCUUGUAUCUGGCAUUUCUUUUUUUAGCAGUUUUCCUCUGUGCUUGCUGAAUAUUUGGUCUGUAGUUCUCUCAGACAUGGUGAAUGGAGAUGAGGUGCUAUCCACUGCACACACAGAAAGUAGAGGAGAAUGUCCUUCCUAACCUUCUCUUAUUCACUCAGAAGCAGCCCCAGUAUAAUGAUGGGCAUUACAGAGAAGUACUGACCUGUAUUUUUGAGAAUGAAGCACUUGUGCAGAGCUAUAACCUUCCUCAGUAGCUGUGCAGUCUCUCUUUGUCUGUGCCUGUCUCCUCGGCUCCUGCUCACUCCUCCCUCCUCCUUUCCAUAGACUUGCAUUGACAUGUGUAAUAUGAUCCUCUUGCAGAAAUCAUCCAUCCUGGAGGGAAAAGGCAAUUUUUAAAGUGAAAAACAAUUAGCAGGGUAACAGGAGAACUAGACAUUUCUCACUGAAACAUUACAAAGUUUCCUGUGGUCACUUGUACUAUUGAUUUAUGCAAAGUUAUGUGAAAAUUUAGUGACCAUUUAAGCCAGUGCUAGCAUUCAAUUUUUAAUAAGGUCAACAACGUUUAACAAGUAUUUUUCUGACUGAGGGCAAAAAAAAUUAUAUUUUCUUUUGUGGGCUUUUUGGGACCAGUCUAGCAUUCACAGUGCAGAGCAACAGACAUCACAAAACAGGAAGUCCAAUUAUUGGUAGUAACUCCAAAAAUCUGCACAGUUUAUACCAAGUUUUAAAAGCACUUCACAUGCUGGCAAGGAUUUUCUACAUAGUCUAUGGAUGGGAAUUUUUUCUGUGCUUUUAAACAGGAUGGGAGGUAAAUCUACCGCAUGGUGCUAGCUAGGAAUAUUGUAAUUAGAGAUGAGUUCAUUUGCCCAUUUUUAUCUGUUCUCUAGAUUGCAAAUCUGUUCUCCUGCCAUUAGGAUGCACUUAGUGAAUUGAUUUGUUAGGUUUUGGUGAAUAUAAUGAUAUUAUAGGUAAAUCGAUUCUCCCAUUAUAUUCUAUAUUAAAUGACGAAGUUAGCUCCAUCAAAGCAGGAGACUGUGUCACCUUAAAAGGGCUGUCCACGUUUGGGGGCCUUUGGGCCUGACCUCUCCGUUUUGCAGAUGGAAGCAUAGUUAGCUGCUCCCCGUCCCUGAGCUAUGGCUCCUUUGGUCCGCAGCUGCCACUGACACAUUCUGAUCCCUCAUGUCAGCAUCCGGUUUGAUGGGGGGUUCAUAUGUGCCACUGCAGCCAACGACUGGCCUCAGCAGUGAUGUAUCCUACAGGUGUCACGUGACCCAUUAACAUGACACAUAAGCGAUACAUCACAGUCUUUGGCCGCAACAGCACUGGUGACCCCCGGGAGCAUCAGUGGAAGCGGGGACUAAAGGAGCCAGUAUCCAAUGGCAGGGAGCAGGUCAGACCAAAAGGCCCCCAAAUGUGUACAAUCCUUUUAAGUGUGGGUUCACACAUAGGUAUUUAGUGGCAUUUCUGUGCACUUUUGCUGUCUUACUAGCAUUUUUGGCAGCUGUGUUUUUUGGUGCAUUUCUUGCCAUAAAAACACAAGCUACAGAUGUUUGCUGAAAGUCUAUUGACAGUAUGAAACACAGGACACGUGUUUUGGGGGGUUCUUUUUGCAAUUGGCGGUAUUGAUAAUUAGGUGGCGUUUUUUGGGUCUCUGCCAUUUGUUUAAAAAUGCAGCAUGUUGAAGCUUUGGUAUUUUGACAUCUCCUUGUCAGUAGUGAACAAAAUGGCAGAAAAACGGUGUUCGCACAGUUUGUAAGACAAAAUGCCACUGAAGAACUGCUUUGUAGUAUGGAAAAAAUAUUAGCUGUUUCUAUCACACUUUUGCAUUGAGCAAAAGAACAUCGAUCAUAUUUGUGUGUGUGCCCUCAAGAUGCUUUCACACAAAGUGUUUUUCCUGGCAUUUUUUCCUUCAGAAAACACUGACCAGAUUCUAAAACACUGAAAAAACACAAAAUAUUAAAUUCAUGGCCUUUUUGUUUUUCAAAAAGGCACAAACAAUAUGUGUGAAAGAAGCUGAAGGGUCCAUUUACAUAAGACCAAUUAUCGGGAUCAAAUGUUUCUACAAACAUAUGUUCUCAAAUAAUUGCCUUGCGAAACUAUACUGCCGACCACUGGACAAAGAAGCAGACAAAGAUUGGAAACCAACAGUUUGUUCUUGAUCAUCGCCCUAUACUGUAUAUCAGCCCAUAGCUUCAUGCUACAAACAAUCUGUACUGAAGAUACCACAUGCAUGAGAGUAAGAUUUUCAAAAUACUAAUUUACAUGAUGUGGAAAAAAAUCCCAAUUUUUCCACAAAUCUAGUGCCCUGUCCAUGGCAGAUUUUGCAUACAAAUGGGGUAAUUUAUCAAACUGAUGUAAAGUAGAACUGGCUUAGUUGCUCAUGGUAUCCAAUCAGAUUCCACCUUUCAUUUUGACAGUGCCUUUGGAAAAUGAAAGGUGGAAUCUGAUUGUUUGUCAUGGCCAACUAAGCCAGAUCUACUUUACAGUUUGAUCAAUGACCCAAAAAGUUUGCAGAUUUUACACGACAUCUCUUACUUAACAUUUUUGACUAGUAAAUAUGCUACUGAUUGUCAUUCCUCUGCGUUUUUGUUUCAUUGGGGAAAAAAAGUCUGCUGUGAUGUUUUUACAUGGGCUGGAAAAUUAAAGAGGGCCUAUCAGCACUAUCUUGAAAUAUUUAAAGAGCUAAAUAUCAGAAAAUUAUGGGUACUUUUUUAUUUCAAAAACAAAGAUGCCCCUGCUCAUAUAUUGUGCCUAGUAUUUACGCUCGGUUCUAGUGAAGUGAAUGCGGCUGAGCUGCAAUGCCAUAUACAACCUGCAAGGAGUGGAGCUGUUUUUGGAAGAAAGCAGUCAUUUAAUUUGCAUGUUUUAUGCCAAAUAUCUAAUCCCAGAGACAGAAGAUCUUACUGUAGGCAAAAACUGAACGUAUAUUCAAUUGUGUGUAUGCUUAAUCUGGGGCUACCAUUUCCUUCUACUCAUCAGUGGAUGAGGAUUUAAAGGGUUGUCUGGACCUUGAAAAAAAUGGGGAUGGGAAGGCAUUGUGUGUGAGUGAAUAAAACUAAAAAAAAAAAAAAAAACAACACACUCACUUGCUCUGGUCAUCCCAGGUCCUGUGGCACCUCUGUCCCUAUGGCUUCUGGUCCCAGCCUAGCUGGAAGUAUGAUGUACCGACUCAUCACACAUCACUGCUGCCAGCCAAUCAGUGGCCUCAGCAGUGAUGUUUGUAGAGACAGCAUGUGACCGCUGAGCUCAUGGAUUGGCCGGCACUGGUGAUGUGGGUGGAGCUGGCAUUUCAUGGCUACGACUGUAAGUGGCGAGUACAGAGAUGCACCACAAAAAUCAGGACAACCAGAGCAGGUGUUUUUCUCAAACAUUCACCAUUCCUGGCCAUCCCCAAUUUUUUUUCGAGGCACAUCUUCCUUUAAUGCUCCUCAUAAAAGCUAAUUAAGUAUAUUUAAAAUAGUAAUCACCAUUUUAUGUACUGAUACAUAUAAAAUCAAGUGAUAUGCCUGAAUAAAGCAAGGAAGGAUAAUGACUUGUUUGCUUGGACAAGGUGAGCUUUGACAACUGUUCACAUGCUGCAGUGCUGUGCAGCGGCCGUUGUUGCUUUGGUGGGGCCCAGUGCCAGGGUGGCUUUGCCAGACAGCUGUUUGACUACUGGGUCCCGCUACCUGUUGGUGUGGUGCUGCGGCACCUGUGGUCGGCGGGCAGCACUGCGCCAAAUUUAGAGUAGGCUCCCACUCAAGGAGGCAACCUUGUUGUGGUGAGUGGGCCUAUGCUUUUUUGAUCAAAUUGUAUACCAAUGCCUCAUGUACAGUAUGCAACAUAGGGGUAGGUUUACUAUAUAUUGCGCUAAAUUAUGCUGAGAAGCAGUUAUUAGAUCAAAGCAUAGUAUUGAGGAUGUGCAAUCCAGUUUCACUUUCUUAUAUUUUACAUAAAGGAAUAGGAUGACCACAAUUGUCUUGUGUAAGGGCAGAUCCGGGACAGAAAACAGAACACUACUUUCUUAUGAGUGCAUUUUAGUGAAAAUCACUGUGAAGACCAGUUAAUAUGCUUUCUAGUAAACUAAAUGGCACCCCAAAAUGCAUGUGGUGGGAAGAACCUGUGAAGUCAACCCCCCCCCCCCCUUUCCCAUUUCCACAAGAGGAACUACAUUGAGUGACGAAUUCAAGGAUCACAGAAAGGGGGCAGAGAAAGAAACAGGCCCUUCUGUCCUGCACCAUAAUAGGGGUUCCAUUGCUCUAUGUAUGUCACUGUUUUUUAUAUUAUGUCCACGUGUUCUUCACUAAAUAAAUUGUAUGCACAGGACAUAAAAUGAAAAGUGAAUGUCCUUGUACAAAUGAUGACUACACAAGCACUGUUGGCCCUGUGCUAAGUGAAUUAUAUUAGCUACAUUUCAGGUCAGCCAGCUAUGUCUCUCUCUUUUAUACCGUUCUACAUGUACAGUUAUUUAUCACUUGUUAUCCUGUUGUGAGUCAUUCUGAAUGUUCUCACUUCUUUGAGGGUGAUGGAUGUUUUUUACCACUUUGACACAAUGAAAGUACAGCUGUACAGUUUUUAAAGGACCAGGCACCUAGUGCAGCCUGGAAUUGUUAAUAGCUGUAAUUACAUAUACAAAAUAAAGACACAAUGUGAUGUG